CCCUUUGUACUGUCAAGCCUUGCUCGUGACGUAACAGCCCUCUUAUUCCCCCCUCUAGUGCCGUCUGGCUGCAGUGGCUCAGACAGGAGGGGAGGAAAACGCUGAGUGAGCCGGGGAGGGGCUCCUUAAAGAAACGCUGCCACCUCUGGCAUUUUUUGGCCAUAUAGGAGUCGGGGAGCUGCGCCUUCAUCCUGGGGAGACCCCAUUUUCGAUUGCACUGAACUCUCACCCAGCACCAUCCAAUACUCAGGGGUAGCGGAAGGAACGCAAAGCCGUAAUAAUUCCCUUUCCCCGCCAGCCACCCUCCCCUGUUUCUCUCCUUAGUGCCGGCCACCUCGCUUUGUCUUUGUGUCUGUUCGUACCACUGAGGUGAGCGGAGUGGGGGGGAGACGGCAGCCUGACCAUGCCCAGCUCGCUCUUUGCAGACAUGGAGAGGAAUGGGAGCGGAGGAGGAGGAGGCGAGACCCUGGAUGACCAGCGGGCCCUCCAAAUCGCCCUCGACCAGCUCUCGCUGCUGGGACUGGACAAUGACGAGAGCACAAUGUACGACAACGAGCCGCGGAAAAAAAGCGUGAACAUGACCGAAUGCGUGCCGGUUCCCAGCUCGGAACAUGUGGCGGAGAUCGUUGGCAGACAAGGCUGUAAGAUCAAAGCUCUGCGGGCCAAGACCAACACGUACAUCAAGACCCCGGUGCGCGGGGAGGAGCCAGUCUUUGUUGUGACUGGGAGGAAGGAAGAUGUGGCCAUGGCCCGGAGAGAGAUCAUCUCAGCCGCCGAGCACUUUUCCAUGAUCCGAGCCUCUCGCAACAAGAACGCAGCAGCGCUGAAUGGGGGCUCGGUGCCCGCCCCCCCCAAUCUCCCCGGGCAGACUACCAUUCAGGUGCGAGUCCCUUACCGAGUGGUGGGGCUGGUGGUGGGACCCAAAGGCGCUACUAUUAAGCGGAUCCAGCAGCAGACCCACACGUACAUAGUAACCCCGAGCAGGGACAAGGAGCCUGUGUUCGAAGUGACCGGAAUGCCGGAGAAUGUGGACCGAGCCCGGGAGGAGAUCGAGGCUCAUAUCGCCGUGCGCACCGGCGGGCUUAUCGAGCUGGCAGAUGAGAAUGACUUCCAUGCCAAUGGCACUGAUGUUGGCUUUGAUUUGCACGGCACUGGCAGCCUGUGGAGCAAAGCCAACCCGGGCAUGACCCAAAGCUCGGGCGGCCGCAAGGCUUUCUCUAACUAUCGUAACGACAGCUCUAGCUCCCUGGGCAGUGCCUCCACCGACUCUUACUUUGGGGGCACCAGGCUGGCAGACUACAGCCCGCCCAGCCCUGCUCUUAGCUACACCAACAAUAACAAUAAUAACGGCAAUGGAUAUGUGUAUAGCACCGGCAGCGAAGCCAUCUCCCCCGACUGCACUGACCUGGCCUUUGAGUCCGGAUUUGACCCUGCCCCUGCCCCGCCGCCUUCUGCUUAUGUCUGGUCCCAGCUGGAGCGCAGCACUGGCAGCGCCCCCUACAAUAAUAAUGCCAACGGGAUCCUGCUCAGCCAGAGACGGCUGAAUGGAGUGGGCUGCACGGCUGCCCCCAGGCUCUCCCCUCCCCUGCACUCAUGCAAUGGACUGUCCGAGCAUCCCUUAGCGCGCAGGGUGCGCAGUGACCCCGGGGGUGGCUUGAGCUAUUCUGCCUACAGCAACAUGGGCUCGGACUCCUCCUCCUCUUCCUCAUCCUCCUCUUCCUCCAGCAGCAGCAGUAGCAGCUCUUCCUCAUCCAGCUCGUCUUCCUCUUCAUCUGGCAUGAGGAGAAAGGGUAGCCGUGACUGCUCCAUCUGCUUUGAGAGUGAGGUGAUUGCUGCCCUGGUUCCCUGUGGGCACAACCUGUUCUGCAUGGAAUGUGCCAACCGCAUCUGUGAGAAAAAUGAGCCCCAGUGCCCAGUGUGCCAUGCAGGGGUCACCCAGGCCAUCCGCAUCUUCUCCUAAAUCCUUCCCCCCAUCUCUAGGAAAAGGGGCAAGGAAGCAGCUACAUUCCCACUUGUAUGGUGCCAUACACGUGUGUGUAUAUAUCUACACGGAUCCUUUAAUAUAUUAAUAUAUUGUAAUAUAUUAAUAUUCAGAUAAUAUAUAUAUUUAGAUUUGUGUUUUUAUUUCUUAUUCUGUGUUCAUCAAUGCUGUACAUACACUAGGAAGCCACCCUGGUUAUUACUUGCUUAAAUCUAUUUAAUAUAGUAUAACUUAAUGCCAUGAUAUUGUUCCUUAAAAGAGGAGGGGGGGUGUCAAGAUGCAAAGUAAAUGUCUCUGUAAUCUGAUGCCCUCCUGCUCUUGAACUACACUGCCCCAUGGUUGUUGUUGAAAUGUGGUAGGUUGUAGUUCAACAAAUAUGGUAUGCUGUAGUUCAACAGCAUGAGGGCCAGAUGUUCAUUUAUACACUAAUAUGUUACUGCAUUUAUCAGAUGGUUGUUAUGGAGUGAAAUGAGGUCUAAAUGUUGGUGAGCUGCAAAAGGGAUGCCCAGCCUGUUAAUC